GCACUUGAGGUUGCCACGUGUUCACCCCAUUGCUCCCCGCGUGUACGUAAUCCAAUGUUCUCUAGUCCCGAGUGGCUGAAGUUACCCCGCCGAGCGUUUGAGUGUGGCUCAUCCUUUGGGACUGGCCAGCGAGUUGGAUCGAUUGAUAUACCCUGCCAAGAGAGAACGGGAACACUUGAGCACCAGAUGGGGAUGGGCAUGGGGAUGGGGAUGGGAUGAGGGUCAGCUACCCGUGUAUUGAGGAUCAGACAGCACACUUGUUCUUUACUGAGACAUUCCCAAUUCUCAUUCCCCUUUCUUCCAAUCUCGUCUUGGCAAUCUCUCUCCAUUGACAAAGACUGUAUCCAACAGGUUCUAUAUACCAGAUCUACAACCUCAUGACUUUCGUUUUAUAACACUCACUCACUAUACCAUCUUUCGUACCCCUCGCAUCCUCCAGGAUGGCUGGUCCAUCGACUGGACGGCUCAUGCCCUUGCUCCUAUUGGCAUUCUUCUUGCCAAGCAUUGUACAUUCCGCUGCAGUCCACAAUGUUCAUCAUCGAAUGCUACCUUCUCGAAGUCAUCACCGACGAGCCCCUUCUCCUUCCUACACCCCACCUAAUAUCACUUUCAGCCCCGUGAAUGGAUCAAGCUCGAUCCAAGAUUCCUCCUACCACCGUCUCACGGGGCUCUUACCCACCGUCCUCGAGAACGCGGUAGAGUCUUCCUUUCACUCUUGGGAGAUCGGGACUUUGGUCGAAGCCAUCCUCGAGACAUACUACCCCUCGACCAGAGCGUUUGGAUACGAUCCCAACUACCUCAACGGCAAGGUCCCAACGGAAGCACUUCAAGUCGUUGUGGCUGCUCUGGGCUCAUACCCAUGGUCAGGAUCACCAGAAUCCACUGCGCUCAACACGUCCUCGGCAGAUUUGUCAGACUAUCUCAGUCCGUCCUCUGCACCAGUCACUCUCGCUCCUCAGGCUCUCGUCAACGGUGAUGGAUCCCUCGGCGAUCCUUGCAGUCUUGGCGCAGGCGUAUGGACGCUGGCCGAGUUCCUCACUCAGCAAGCAGCGUCUCAAUCAUUAUCCACUGGGAAUGAAGGUGCGGACGACUAUGCUUGGGCAGUCGGCAACCAACUUCAAUACUUGAGACAACAGCCAACGUCGUCAAACGGGACCAUGUCCCAGCGUGAAAAUGGCUUUCAGUUAUGGGCCGACAUGGGAUACAUGAUACCGCCGUUCUUGGCCUCUCUUGGCCUCGCCACAUCGAGUGAUGACCUGUUGGCCUUGGGAAUCAACCAAUGGUUGUUGGAGUCGUCCGCCCUCCUCGAUACCACCAAAGACAUCUUUCGUCACAUCAACGACUUUGAUGCCAGACUGUGGGCCACCGGCAACGCUUGGAUGCUAUACGGAGCCUGUCGUGUGCUCGCCAGUAUCGGCGUCGCUGGUGAGACGUCCAACUUGGCUGCUCAAGUUGGCUCGACUGUGCGGCAACUUUCCGCCAUCUUCCCCGCCAUUUUUGCUCAGCUGGACAGCGAUAACCUUGUGCCCAACUACAUGUACGAGUCUGAACCGUCGCUAUCUAUUGGAGAUGCGGCAGGCACAGCACUCAUCGUUGCGGCAUACUACCGCUUUGCGGCCCUAGCACCACGAUACGCGACUCAGACUCUGACAGCUCAAGCGAAUAAAGCCUUUGACGGCGUGAUUGCUCAAUUAGGCGACGACGGAUGGUUGACCCAUGUCGUCGAUCCAAUGGGAACGAACGGUUGGGUGGUGAACCUCAAUUCGGGUCAAAGAUCUCCCGAGGGACAAUCUUUCUUGGCCCAUAUGUGGGUUGCAAGGACAGCGCUGGGAGUGUAAAUUUGGUUCGCAUCGAUUAGGAGUCUGUGAUGUAUACAGAUUGAUGAUGAGGUGCAAAAGCGUGAUUCACUAUGGUGUAAGGUAGAAUAGCAACCUGAUCUCGAGCAGUGUAGUUAGUUACCUCCACACCCAACAUUUUCGUC